AGGCCCAACGGUUAAAGGAAGUUGGUCCGUUUGCUAGCAGCCGGCUAACUUGCUAAAAAAGUAAACAAGUCUGCGGAAUGAGAUGAAAUACUACCGCGGGACAAAAGUAGCUUUUCAACUAUGAAGGAGGACAAGGAAAACGCUCGGCCGAAGGAGAGAAAAGUGGAAAUAAAGUGUGAAGAUGGAGAAAAGACGGAGAAGUCGAAGGAAAAGAAAGAGGCCAUGACAAAGAUCGUGAUCAGACGACUACCACCAAGUCUGACCAAGGAGGAGCUGGAAGAGCAGCUACAACCUCUCCCAGAGGUGGACUACCUGGAGUUUUUCUCCAACGACACCAGCCUUUACCCUCACCUCUUUGCAAGGGCUUACAUAAACUUCAAAAAUCAAGAGGACAUAGUUCUCUUCAGAGAUCGAUUUGAUGGAUAUGUGUUCAUUGACAGCAGAGGUCAGGAGUAUCCUGCCAUUGUGGAGUUUGCACCUUUUCAAAAGACUGCCAAGAAAAGAAGCAAGAAAAAGGAUGCGAAAUGUGGAACAAUUGCUGAAGAUCCAGAUUACAAGAAGUUUCUUGAAUAUUACAACGGCGAUGACGAUAAGUUGGCAUCAACUCCUGAGACUCUGUUAGAGGAGAUUGAGGCAAAGUCAAAGGAACUUGUUGCUAAAAAAACAACCCCUCUACUGGACUUCCUGAAGAAUAAACAGAGAAUCAGGGAGGAAAAAAAAGAAGAGAGAAGAAGGAGGGAGCUUGAACGCAAACGUCUGCGUGACGAGGAGCGUCGUAAGUGGAGGGAGGAGGAGAGAAGGAAGCGCAAAGAGGCCGACAAGAUGAAGAGACUCGAGAAACCGCUGGAGAAAGAAAAGGACCAAGUGAAGGAGGAACCAAAGAUAAAGCUCCUGAAGAAGCCAGACCGAGGUGAUGAUGCUGAUUCUGAGAAGCCGAAGGAAAAGUCCAAGAAACCAGAGAGGCCGAAUAAGGAGGACAGAUCCACGGGGAGCUCUGAUCACAAGAGGCGUCAGCACAUUGAAAAUAAGGAAGAUCGAGGAAGAAAAGCAGAUGAAGAUGGGAGGAAAGAGUUCAGGGACCGCGACCCAGAUCGAGACAGAGAGCGUGAUCGAGAGCGGGAGAAGGAGCGCCGGCAGAAAGAGAAGGAGCGCAUCAGGCGACAGGACGAGGAUCGGCGGAGAAGGAGGGAACGGCAGGAUGGAGAGAACUCGUGCAGGAAACGGGAGGAGGAGGUUAAAAAAGAUAAAGAGCGUGCCUUAGAGAAGAAAAAGAGUGAAAACACAGGAGACUCUGCUCACUCUGAGAGACCGGAGAGACCCGCCAAAGACAACAAGAAGGAGGAGAGUGGUAAAAGAGAACGACUGCGAAAUAAGGACCGUCCUGCGAUUCAGCUGUACCAGCCAGGGGCCAGGAGCCGAAAUCGAGGUGGAGGAGGAGCCGAAUCCAACCCUGCCGACAGGAAGCCAGACACGGAGUCCCAGAAAGUGGCAGACAAGGGGGACGAUUGAGCAGAUUUCUACUUACGGCAUUUUAAGUUUGGUGAGGAGACAGGCCUGUGAGGCUCAGAGCAGCGCUGUGCCGCCGCAGGGCGACACCCACUGCAACUUAACCAGGGCUGCAUCCGGCUCUCCCAGUCUCGCAGGCAGAGAUGCGAUUGUGGAGCCUCUUAGUGCCUGAAUGUGACCCUCUUUAGUUUUAUUUGUUAGGAAAGGUAACGAUAACCUUUGGAAAGAGUUUGGCUGCAGGGUACAUCAGAUGGAGCCAAAGCUUUCUGGACCACGUGAACUCAAAGUGACCUUAUUUCAGUAUUGUUUCUCGGAUGUUAAGAGCUGUACAUGCUGCAAACAUGUUAGUCCAUAUCACAGCUGUUUCACUAACUUCACCAUGUCAACAUUGCCAAGCCCAACAUCAUUUUUUCUACACUGUCUUGAAGGACAUUUCUGUUGUUGCCAUUUUCAGUUUAAAGUGUACUCAUGGACAUUACAUCCUCCUCUGAGCAGGGAGUUUGACAACCCAAAUGUAUGUGCAGGACUUUUAUUCAAACUUUUCAUGAUCUGUAACCGUAAAACCGUCUCACGGACACAUCAGUCUGAACUCACCUAGUUUGGGAUCAUGUGUUUUGUUUAUACAGAGACUGAGGAGAAAUAGCCAUUCCUGACUAGACUGCCAUGUGACAGCCGCGCCUGCAUGCAGACUUUAAUCAGAGUGAUCGACCUGUGGCCUUCCCCCCUUUUUCUAAUCUGAAACUCCCCUCAAACAUUAAUGUGUGAUGCACUUAACUGAAUACAGCAUGAGAACACGUCACUGCUGGUGAUGCUAACGUACAAGAGCCGCUUUUGACUGGAAAUAAAAGAGGCCUUUGCUAA